UCGUACUUGUGGCACUUUGACCUUCAUCUUUGAUUAUGAUCGAUGGUUUCGAUGGCGCUCAACCAGCUCCCCAUGGCUGAGCUUCAUGGGAAGAUACGAAUGAAAAUCAAGGGAGACGGUCUUGAUGUUGAACCGAUAUCGAUAACUUUCCUGCAACACUUGUAUUGGGUUCAAUCCGGUUCAUUGAAUGUUAUCGACUGUAGCGGAUUACCAGAUUCGGAUCAAGAUCCGCACUCCGCCUUCCCGCCACUAUAAGUGUUGCCACAAAUCCCUAUCAUAUCUAUCUCCCCGCACCUGGUACGUGUCACCGUGUACAAUGGGCGUCAGUAUUGAGACAAUUACUCCUGGUGACGGCAAAACGUUCCCCAAACGGGGUGACACGGUUACAAUUCACUAUGUUGGCACACUAGAAAAUGGCACUGUCUUUGAUUCGAGCAGAGAUCGUAAAGAUCCUUUUGUGACACAAAUAGGCGUCGGUAAGGUGAUCAAGGGAUGGGAUGAAGGCGUGCCGCAACUAUCGCUCGGCCAGAAGGCCAACUUGAUAGCCUCUUCUGAUUAUGCCUAUGGAUCACGCGGAUUUCCGCCCGUCAUUCCACCGCACUCGACCUUGAAAUUUGAGGUUGAAUUGUUGAAGAUCAAUUAAUGACUUUUAAAUGACGCGGCGUGUACGAGCUUACUUUCGGCAUUUGUGACUGCCUUUUUGUACCAAUCCACUCAAUUGUAUGUUCAUGCAUUUUGGACCGUUUCGUAAUUUCGCAAUGGAAAUAUUUGUCAGGCGCCA